AUGAAAAAGUCUGCAUAGCAUGUACAUGAUAACUAUUUAUAUAGCACCUUCAAAAACUGCGGUUAAUGACAAAGCAGAUACAGAAUCAUUCGCAAAAAUGCACUUGCACUGUUAAGACAUAAAAGUGUGAAGGAGACAGCGUCACAUAGAAGCAGUUAAUAAAUAAAAAGCUCAGGAACAAUAAAAAGAAGAGUGGCACAAAAGCUAAUAAAAAUAAAAGCAGUAAAAGAUUUUAAAAAGUUUCGAUGCAGGCAAUAAUUUAAGACUAUUCAAAUACAAUUAUAUUGCAAUCACACACUUAAUGUGUAUUAAGGAAGUUUCCUUCCAGUUCAUAGCAAAACAAUGAAGACUGCACCUUUACCAGUUUACCUGACGAAUCCAGGUCUUGUGAGGCAAGACCCUUUCACUGAGGUCCCACUGCCAUAAAGUCAUUUCACACACACACACACAUGCAUGUUGGGAGGUGCCGGCGACUUUACUGCGUGGAGUCCAGCAUCAGUGGGCGUUGCAGGAGUUUGAUGGGAGGUCAUAUAAGAAGCCGCUCAGGCCUCCGCUACGUCUUAGUGUCGCUGGUCUGGACUGAGAUCACUGGUCUCACUGCCUCUCUUUGUUGAAGGAUACUGUUGGAGAAGGAACCAGUAGGGACACAGUGCAGCCAUGGCAGGUGAGUCUGGAGAGGGACCUUGGGACUGGGACACUUUUCACACUGGAACUUCUUGAGGAAUAUUCUUCAUUCAUAUCCCACAUUAUAUUUCUUUCUUCCUUUUUCACAGUGUCCAUGAGCUUAUAUUUCAGCAAAACAUGGAAAACGUAUAUACCUAACCAGUGUAUUUGGCAAUUACAGUUAUAAUAACAUUGUAUAUGUCACCCAAGACAAUCUGUAUUUUUAUGAUUUCAAACAUCUUUGCAGAAAGUGGUGAGAAGGAGAAGACCAGGCCCAAAACUGUAAGUCCAACCUUUACUAUACUGUUUGUAAUAUGUAUUCUUUACUGUUUGAUAUCAAACAAGACUGAAAGGAUGGAAGUUCCACCUUCAAGUGGUUGGUUAAAGUAUAAAAAUUUUCUCAUUGAUAAUGGCUUGUACAUAUACGUGUUAAACGUAUGUUUCCUGUCCUUACAGGCCACCGUCUGUGGCUACCCAAUAAGCAUCUUCUUCAUCGUUGUCAAUGAGUUUUGCGAACGCUUCUCCUACUAUGGCAUGCGAGCCGUGCUCGUGUUGUACUUCAAGUACUUCCUGCGGUGGGACGAUGACUUCGCCACCACCAUCUACCACACCUUUGUGGCCCUGUGCUACCUGACGCCCAUCCUGGGGGCCAUCGUGGCCGACUCGUGGCUCGGAAAGUUCAAGACGAUCAUCUACCUGUCCAUUGUUUACACCGUGGGACAAAUCGUCAUGGCUGUAAGUGCCAUCCACGACAUCACAGAUACCAACAGGGAUGGCGUGCCCGACAACAUGCCCCUCCACGUAGCUCUGUCCAUGGUGGGUUUGAUCCUCAUCGCCCUGGGAACAGGAGGAAUCAAACCCUGCGUUGCUGCGUUUGGUGGAGACCAGUUUGGAGACCAUCAGGAGAAGCAGAGAGGCACCUUCUUCUCCAUCUUCUACCUGUCCAUCAACGCUGGCAGUCUGCUGUCCACCAUUAUCACCCCCAUCCUCAGAGCUCAGGAAUGUGGCAUUCACUCUCAGCAAAAGUGUUACCCGCUGGCCUUCGGUGUCCCCGCCGCUCUCAUGGUCGUCGCUCUGAUUGUGUUCAUUGUUGGAAGUGGCAUGUACAAUAAGACGGCCCCUCAAGGCAACAUCAUGGUGAAAGUCUGCAAAUGCAUCGGGUUUGCCAUCAAGAACCGCUUCAGGCAUCGCUCCACUCAGUACCCGAAGAGGGAACACUGGAUGGACUGGGCAGACGAGAAAUACGCGAAACUCCUGAUCGCUCAGGUGAAGAUGGUGCUGAAGGUGCUGUUCCUCUACAUCCCACUGCCCAUGUUCUGGGCUCUCUUUGACCAGCAGGGCUCGAGAUGGACCCUCCAGGCGACCACCAUGGACGGGGACUUUGGAGUCCUCAUCAUCCAGCCCGAUCAGAUGCAGACUGUCAACCCCAUCUUGAUCCUGAUUCUGGUGCCAAUCGUGGACAGUGUGCUCUACCCACUGAUUGCCAAGUGCAAUGUAAACUUCACUCCGUUACGGAGGAUGACUGUCGGGAUGGUCUUCGCCGCUCUGGCGUUCGUGGCCGCUGCUCUGGUCCAGAUACAGAUCGACCAAACCCUGCCCAAGUUCCCAUCAGACUCUGUGAGCCAAGCCAAGUUCAUCAACAUGGUGAACACGUCGCUGCCCAUCAAAGCAGGAACCAACAACUUUACCCUGGAGGCGUACACGGCGAGUGAGGAUUUCCUGACCUUCGAUGACUCGUUCAAUCUGAUCCUGCCCAACGCCACCUACCCGAACAGUUUGAAGAAUGGCUCUCGAUAUACUAUCGUCAUCUUCCAGGAUGGGGUUAUACCGAGUACUGAAACUUUCAACGACACCACACAAAAGCCGGAACAAGGAGCUAACACCAUCAGAUUCCUGAACGGCUUUAGCUCCGUUCUGAAUGCCACAAUGGGUAGCCUGGACUUCAAGGCCAUCACCAGCAACAGCAUGUCAAUAUACGUCGACGUGCCACAGGGGAAUGCUGAGUUCCGGAUCAAGAAUGAGGCUGAAGAGGAGUGCAUCUACAGUCAAGAACUGGGCUUCGGCAGCUCGUACACUCUGAUGAUCCUGCCCACGUUCACAUUUGGGCCAAACUGCGCAGAUAGCAUCCGAUCAGUGAUGGACAUCAGGCCCAACACCAUCCACAUGGCCUGGCAGAUUCCUCAGUAUUUCCUCAUCACUGUGGGAGAGGUGGUCUUCUCUGUCACCGGCUUGGAGUUCUCCUACUCACAGGCCCCGAGCAACAUGAAGGCCGUGCUGCAGGCUGGAUGGCUGUUGACUGUGGCUGUCGGGAACAUCAUUGUGCUUGUUAUCGCAGAGGCUGCAAAACUCCCAGAUCAGUGGGCUGAGUACAUCCUCUUCGCCUCUCUGCUGAUGGUCGUGUGCGUUAUCUUCGCCAUCAUGGCCCACUACUACACCUACAUCGACCCGACCAAGAUAGAGGCCCAGUUUGCCGAGAUCAGUCCCGAUGAGAAGAAGCGGAAGAACUCGAUGGAGAUGGCCAGUAAGGACAAGGUCAAGCCCCGCGACGAGGGCAGUUCCUCUGACUCCAGCUCGGACGAGGAGGAAAUCCCACAGUCCAAGAUGUAAAGCCACCUCCCUUUCGUGCCCGAGAGUGCCUGCGCCUCUUUGACCAUUUUGGCAAUGCACUGUUGUACAUGCAGUUAGAAUGAAUGGAUGACCUGAGGGAAAUGGUGCAGAAAACGUGAAGAACACACAAACAGGGCUUCGAUGGGGAAGCUCUUGCUGGACGCUAUUAGUGAAGGAUCACGGCAAACACUAUUAUCUCCCAAUCGUUUAAAGACGUUACUCAAACAAUUAAAAUCCCUGGAUCUCUGCUGGUUAUUAAUUUUCCAUCUUGCUGUUGUAAAUUACUUUUUAUGAUUAUUUCUUUUUGUUUAGCAUCUUAAUGUGAAACCAUUCCAACAUUUGUAUUUAUUUCCAAGCACAGUGUGUUGUAUGUAUUGUAAUAUACUGUCACUAUUUUGUAUGCAUGACCUUAUCACAAGCUUCAGGUUAAAAUCUAAGUCUGAAAUGUCUAUUGUCCCCCUAAGGAAAAAAACGUACUCGUGUUGUUGGUAAAUAUUUAUAUCAGCAGUAGUUUUGUAAAAACUAUGUAAUGGCUUAAUUUCAAAUAAAUUUCCUUUUCCUUG